AGUGGAAAUAUUUCAGGUUCCAAAGGAUAGUGUUGUAAGUGUUCACUACACUGUAGAAAUAGAAAAUAGUCUGGACCCAGCAGACAGUACUGUACAUCGGAAGGAACCUUUGAAAGUGGACAUGCAAGAAGGAGGAAUAUUAAAAGGCAUGAAGCUUGGUAUACAGAGUAUGACCAAGAGGGAGAUUGCCGUUUUCAUCAUACGUCAUGAAUAUGCUUAUGGUUCAAAGGGAAUAGCUCCUAGGAUCCCUCCCUGUGCUCUGGUUAUGGUGACCCUUGAGGUUCUAGACUUUUAUAAACAUGGGACUGCUGAAAAUGUUUUAGCAUUUGAUCUACCUGGAAAUUGUUAUCGUCCUUGUUUAAUGAUAUACCAAUUAACAGUAUGUCCUUCUCUAGCUGUUGAAACCUCUGUCCAUGAGAUGACCUUCAGACAGAUCAAAAGAAUUGCCAGGAAAGCCCGUAAGGCCGGAUGUAAGUUUUACAAACGAAAAGAUUGGUUUGCGGCAUCACUAGAAUUCGAGAAGGGGCUCAAGUUGAUCAAGAAUUAUAGACUGAAGAAUGAGGAGGAACAGAAACAAAUGGAGAAGUUGCUGAUCAAAUUGCUUUUAAAUCAGGCUGCAUGUGGGCUCCGAACUGGUAAACCUGAACUUGUCUGCCUUUGUUGCAGAGAAAUAUUGGAGAUAUCUUCAACCAACUACAAAACAUUCUACAGGUUUGGCCGAGCCAAGUUAAUAUUAGAGGAUUAUGAGGCUGCAAUACAUCUGCUGAACAAUGCAGCUAAGCUUAAACCGGGCAGUUCCAGAAUAUACCAAAGGUUAGAUGUAGCAUAUGCGGAAAAGGAGAAGAGAGAGAAGACCAAGGAUAAUAUUCACAUCAUAAACUUCAGUGAAUAUAACUCUGGGUUCUCAUCAGAUGAUGAAGAGGAGGAGGACGAUAUUGAGACAGAUUUUGAUACUGAUAUUGAUACUGAUAUUGAUUCUGAAGAAGACAAACCUGUAGCUUGCGUUAAAGAUGUUGAACCUACGAGAGAGAUGCCAGAAGAAAUAAAUAACCCGAAAAUGCUACAGCGCCAUGCAUCUGUGUCAAAGUCUGAGCUUAGUCAAAGCUCCUCUGUGUAUAAAACCGCUAAUGAACCUGGAUCAAGCAUUUCCCCCCCUCGAAUGGGAAAGGGAGCCAAAAUCUCAAUUCAAAAUAGGCAGGACAUUAAAGAUCUGGCGCCAAGGAAAAAUUCGGGGAAUUACAAUUCUGAUGAUAGCACCACCAUGUCAGAUAUCUCUUCGCCUGUUCCCUUCCCUGCUACAUCUCUUUCCUACAACGCUCCUCCGUCCUAUCCCUCUUCUCAAGCCCCAUCUAUUUACCCAUCCUCCACACCUCCUGCCUCCUGUGCUCCAUCCUACUGUCCAUCAUCUCCACUUCCCUCUCCUCCAUCCUCCUUCUUGCUAUCAGUUAAUGCCCCUUCCUUUUAUCCUAGUUCUUUUGUAGAUUCCUUCCUCAAUCCAUCUCUAUCAAGCACUCCCAUUAGAUCUUCUUCCUCAGUAUCAAUCACUCCCUCUCAACCUCUUCCUUUUGUAUCGAUCACUGAAUCUCAACCAUUCACUAGCUUUAACCCUCCUCCCUCUUCGCCUCCAAUCUGUCCAUCACAAUACUCAUUUCCACCAGCCUCUGCUACCCAUCUACCUGCUUCAUCUCAGAAUAUUAUUUUCAAACCCUCACUCCUUGAAAGUUCCCCUGGAAGCCAUGAUCUAGUUCCAGUGGUAGAUCAAGAUGCAACAGUUGGAUUUGUGGCAGAAAAUACACAAGACAGAAUUAAAAAUAUGUCUAAAAGUAUUUUCGAACUAGAGAGGAUAAAGAUAAGAGAUAACAAGAACCACGAAGUUGUGUUCGAAGAGUACUAUGAAGGAAAGGAUCUUGGAGAAAAAGAAGCUGGAAAGGAUUUCGAGACACAGAUAAAAGAUUCUGAAAUAGUAAGGGAUUUUAAGGAUCUUGAGAUAAGAGGAACUAAGUUUAAGUACAAUCCUGAAACUGGAGGAUGUGAAUGUACCAAUCUCUCUCCAAUCCAAAUCAACAAUAUAUGG